AUGUUUAUUGUGUCUCUGUCGUUCGCCUACUUUAUGAAAGCCUUUUCUGGAUCCUACAUGAAGAGUGCCAUCACUCAGAUAGAAAGGAGGUUUGGCCUGUCCAGCUCUCUCAGUGGCCUUGUGGAUGGCAGCUUUGAGAUGGGUAACCUGUUAUUUCUGGCUCUUGUAAGCCAUUUCGGGGCAAAAAUGCACAGACCGAGGCUGAUCGGCUCCGGAUGUUUUCUAAUGGCUGUUGGCUCUGCUAUUACUGGAUUACCACAUUUCUUCAUGGAACGGUACAAAUAUGACACAGUGAUCCCAGACUUACUGAAUGAGAAUAUCAGCAUCGUCGCCUGUCAUGACCCCAAAAUACAAAGCGUUUAUCCAGACCUCGAUCUAGAGCAUUCAACAGGCUACAGUGCAGAAUCAGAAUGUGUGAAGGAACCCGACUCCUAUAUAUGGGUUUAUGUGUUUUUGGGAAAUGCUCUUCGUGGAAUUGGUGAAACACCAGUCAUGCCACUUGGGAUCUCGUACAUUGAUGACUUUGCCAAAGCAGAAAACUCAGCGUUUUACAUAGCAUGCAUUCAGACAAUCACAUUGCUGGGGCCGAUGUUCGGAUACCUGAUGGGCUCCAUGUGUGCCAAACUGUACGUUGAUAUUGGAUUUGUUGACACUGACAAGUUGUCCAUCACCCCAAAUGAUGCUCGAUGGGUUGGUGCUUGGUGGUUGGGGUUCUUUGUGUCAUCCAUCUUCAUGCUUGUGGCUGGUAUUCCUUUUUGGUUUCUUCCUCGCUCUUUGCCGAAGCAGGAAGAGGGAAACGAAGACGCUUCAACCCCUUACUUUGGCAACCAGGAACACAGUGAUCAUUUCACUUCAUCAUCUGUAAAACUGGUUGUUAUGGCAAAAGGUUUUUUGCCCUCAUUAAAGCAGCUGUUAGGAACCCCGACCUACGUCCUUCUGCUGUGUGGGAAAACCUUCUUCAUCAGCUCUUUAAUCGGCCUCUUCACCUUUACAGCUAAAUACAUGGAGCUGCAGUUCGGCCAGUCUGCUUCCAGAGCAAACUUUCUCAUCGGAGUGCUGAACCUGCCCGCAGGGGCGCUGGGUACAUUUCUGGGUGGUUUGUUGAUGAAGAGGUACAAGUUAAGUGUGGUAUCAGGAGCUCAGCUCUCCUUCCUCACAUCCUUCUUGACCUUCCUCCUCAUCCUCCUGCAGUUCGGCAACAAGUGUGACAACGUGCGCCUGGCUGGCCUUACCAUCUCUUAUAAUGGGACACGUCAGAUUUCAUCUGAUGAACAAGCUCUGUUCUCCGAGUGUAAUCAGAACUGUUCAUGUUCUGCAGCUGAGUGGGACCCUGUGUGUUCUGAUGAUGGCAUUACGUUCAUGUCUCCCUGCCUGGCAGGAUGUACAAGCUCCACAGGACAGGGCAAAAGCAUGGCGUUUCAUAACUGCAGUUGUGUGUUGAAUCCAUCACCAGUAGAGGGCAGUACGUCUGUAUCUUUGGGUCAGUGUCCUCAUGGACCAGCAUGCAGUAGAAGCUUCACCUCCUACAUGGCCAUAGCUGUGCUCAGUUUCUUCAUUUGUGCUCUGGGUACCACACCUGCAUACAUGGUCGCUAUACGAUGCAUCAGUCCUGAGCUGAAAUCACUGGCUGUGGGAAUCCAGACUCUAGUUGUAAGAACUCUAGGAGGUAUUUCAGCGCCGAUGUAUUUUGGGGCUCUAAUUGACUCAGCUUGUUUGAAAUGGGGAAUGAAGAAGUGUGGAGGUAGAACAGCAUGUCGCAUCUAUGAUACUGACAUGUACAGAUUCGCAUUCUUUGGCCUGAUGACAUGUCUAUUUGGCUGCUCUCACUUCUUCGAAAUUGCCGUCAUCAUCCUGUUGAGGAAACAGUCCUCUGUGGAAGCCGUCCGAGCCAAUCAGAGAGCCAGUCAGGGAACUGAGCUACAAACCUCAAAGCAGCAUAUUAAUUCUGGAUCCGAGCCUUGUUCCAAUCAAUCGCACCAUGAGGGAGAAGUUUUGGACUCUGGCAAUCACGAACCUAAUGAGCAUCCGGCCUUCACCAGCAACCAGAAUCAGAAAAAUAAUGAACAAACUGAGUUUGCUGAGAAACAUGAAGAAAAAACCGAUUCAGAAGUGACUUGUGUAUGACGGAUGGAUGAGAAAACAAAUCUUCAGGGAGUUGUUUCAGAUACCACUGUACUGUAGCUCAGGGCUGGAACCAGCUAUGAGCGGUAUAGGUCACUGCAAAGAAAUUGUUAUUUAUAUGGACACAAAGAAAUCUACAGCCACUAAGAAGAAAUUAGGAGGCUUUGCCAAAAGAUUAAUGACUUUUCCACACUGCCUAAUUAAUAAUAAUUAUUGUUUGUGUGUUUAUUAGGAUUUAAAUGUCAUGUUUUACACUUUUUGGUUACAUUCAUGACAGGAACGAUAGUUACUCAUUACACAAGAUUCAUCAGUUCACAAGGUUAUAUCAAACACAGUCAUGGACAACUUAGUAUCUCUAAUUAACAUCACUUGCAUGUCUUUGGACUGUGGGAGGAAACCGGAGCUCCCGGUGGAAACCCACACGGACACGGGGAGAACAUGCAAACUCCACACAGAAAGGACCCGGACCGCCCCACCUGGGGAUCGAACCCAGGACCUUCUUGCUGUGCUACAGUUCUACCCACUUACCGUGCCACCCAAUUCUUGCAUGUAUAAGUUUACCUAGCCGAGUCGUUUUACUGAAAGUCCUAUUCAAUCAGUCAUUCACUGUCUGUUUUACCACUGCUUCCUCCUAUGAAGGGUCACAGUGGGUCCAAUUCACUGGGCGAAAGGUAGGAAACACCCCGGACAGGUCACCAGUCCAUCACAGGGCAAACACACACACACACACACUCAUACCUAGGGCAUGUUGUAUCUCUAUGUGGAAGGAAACCAGAGCACCUGGAGGAAACCCAUGCUGACAAGGGGAGAACAUGCAAACUUCAUGCAAAAAGGACCUAAAUCGCUCCACCUGGAAAUUGAACCCAGGACCUUGCUAUGAGGCAACAGUGCUACCCUCCAAACAACCGUGUCACACUGAAAGUUUUAUUUAAUUAAAAUAAAUUCAUUACUAUUCAGUCACAGACGAACAUGCAAAAAUCUUCCAUAACACCUUCCAUACAUAUGAAGAUAGAUAGAUAGAUCUAGAACUGAGUAUUUCUUGUAAUUUACAUAAAAUGAUUAACAGGUAACUGUAAUGACUAUGCAUGAGGUUUAGUUUCAGUCUAAAGAUUGAAUAGUAAUUAAAUUAUUAAAUAGUGACGUGACAAUAUUGCACAAUGAGGCCAAUAUAGCCAUAUAUAUACAUACACAUAUAUACACAUAUACAUACAUAUACACAUAUGCAAAUACAUACAUAUAUAUAUAUACAUUUGCACAUGCAUGUGCAUACAAGUACAUACACACAUGGCUACAUUAGGACCCUCAGUCUUUAGCUACAGCCAGCCGUCCCUGCCUGGUGGAGUUGUAGAGCCUAAUGGCUCUGGGUACGAAGGACCUUCUAAGCCUGAACUUUGAACUUUGUAGGUAUACAGUUACUGACUGUAGCUUAUCAAUUGCUUUGUAUAUUCUUUCAACCGCAAGAGUGUACAGAGCAGCGAUAAGCAUGUAUGUCCCAAUGAACACAACACCUACAGUAGAGUAUAAAACUGGCAGCAUCACACAAACAGCAACGUAUGUGGUGAAACUGUUUACUGGCCGAGAAACCACAUCUUGAAAAAAGAUGCAUGUUUCAAUAAGACAACAAUCCUAAACAUGCAACCAAAAUAACCAAGACCUGCCUGAGCCAUUGGCACGGUGGCUCAGUGGGUAGCACUGUCACCUCAUAGCAAAAAGUACCUGCGUUCGAUACACAGGUGGGGCGGUCCAGGUCCUUUCUGUCUGGAGUUUGCAUGUUCUCCCCAUGUCUGUGUGGGUUUCCUCCGGGAGUUCCGUUUUCCUCUUAUAGUCCAAAGACGUACUGAACUGAUAAAUCUUGUGUCCUGUCAUGAAGGUGUGUAAAAUCCUAAAAAAUAAAAAAUUCUGGAUUUUAAAA